GCCCCGCCCCGCUCCCUGCCUCUGCCGGGUCUGGGUCUGGAGCGGAGCGCGCAGAGCCCACCGAGGCCGCCACGCCGAGGCUGCUGAGGUCCGCCGGGCCGCAGGAUCCGAGGUGUCUGCUCGCUGCUCCGCGCGUUCCCGGCCAGCUGUGCAGGCGGCUGGACCCGCAGCAGCAGCAGCAGCAUCGGCAGCAGCGAGGACUCGAGCGCGGGCGGCAGCGGCGACACCAUGGAUCUGUCCUUUAUGGCCGCGCAGCUGCCCAUGAUGGGAGGCGCCUUCAUGGACUCGCCCAACGAAGACUUCAGCACGGAGUACUCCCUCUUUAACUCCUCCACCAACGUCCACGCGGCCUCCAGUGGCCAGGGCCAGCCGGAGGAGUCUCCGCGGUCCUCCAACGAUGCGGUCCUGCUCUGGAUUGCCAUCAUAGCGACCCUGGGGAACAUUGUGGUGGUUGGGGUGGUGUACGCCUUCACCUUCUGAGGUUCGGGGCGCCCACCAGCUCCGAGCCGGCUCAGCCCGCGCUGGGCUCACAGCAGGGCCAGGCUUUGCUGGGGACACUGGUGCAGUUGGCCUUUGGCUGGUCCCACCUUCCGGAACCAGGAGCUCUGACCGCGCGCAUGGCCUCUCCGGGGGCAGCGACCGUGCAUCAGGAGUUCCCCCAAGCAGCCCCGAUUUCCAGUGUUCUGGGCUGUGAUCAAGCUGAUCCAGAAGA